GUGAGUGUGUGUUUUAGGGUUUGAUAUCAAUUAUCUAAAUCUCUCCCACUUGCCUGCCUGGUGAUUCCUGCCGCGCCGAUCAAUCCGUCAGUUUCACCAUGUAUCUCAAAAAAACCAUCAGCAACCUAACCGAUGUCGCACUCAGAAUUACCAAGCAGCUGCUCACGACCGAAGGCAAAGGGAAGAACAUGGUGUACUCGCCGCUGUCCCUCCAGGUCCUGUUGUCUUCGGUAACUGCAGGAUCUAAGGGUCCAACCAAGAAACAGUUGCUCUCUUUCCUCAAGUCCAAGUCCUCCGAUGAACUCAACUCCCACUUCUCCCAUCUUGUCCCUCUGGUCUUGUCCGACGGAUCCACUAGAGGUGGUCCCUGCGUGAACUGUGCCAAUAGCCUUUGGGUUGAGCAGUCUCUCACUGUCAAACCCUCUUUCAAACGCAUGUUGGUCAAUGAUUACAAUGCGGUCAUCAAAGAAGUUAGCUUUGGAACCGACCCUGACAAAGCGCGGGUUCAAGUGAACUCAUGGACCAAAAAGGAGACGAAGGGCCUUAUCCCUGAGGCUCUCCCUCCUGGGUCAGUUGAUGAAAAUACCAUGCUUUUACUUUUAAAUACGAUAUACUUCAAAGGAGUUUGGAGCCAUCAGUUUGAUCCAUCGGAGACAGAAGAGCGCAAAUUUCGCCUUCUCGAUGGUAGUACUGUUGAGGCGCCGUUCAUGAUAGAAAGCUACGGAUGGCAUUAUGUGAAAGCCUUUGACGGCUUCAAAGUCUCAAAGCUUCCUUACAAGCAAGGCAAAGACAAGGAGAGGCGGUUUUCUACGUACUUUUUACUUCCAAAUUCAAGAAAUGGGCUCCCAGAUUUGGUCAAGAGAGUUUGUUCUGAACCUGAUUUCUUAGAUUGCCAUCUCCCCGAAAUACAACGUAAACCUGGGGCCUUGAAAAUCCCAAAGUUUAAGAUUAAGUCUAACUUUUUAGCUUCCGAAGUACUCAUGAAGUUAGGACUGGUGUUGCCUUUCGAUGGUAAUGGUGAUUUCAGUGAGAUAGUGGAGUCGGGCAUUGGUGACGCCGAAAUAAUCCAUAAGUCCGUCAUUGAAGUUGACGAAGGUGGUACAAAAGCUGCAGCUGUUUCUAUUUUUCACUGUCAUGAGGCAGAUUGUGCUGAACCGAUUAAAACCAUAGACUUUGUGGCUGAUCACCCAUUCAUGUUUUUUAUCAGAGAGGAAAUAACUGGAACUGUUUUGUUCAUUGGUCACGUGCUCAAUCCACUUGAAGAAUGAUUUUAUCAUGGGAAAGCAUCAGAACCAACUCUCCUGUUGGUUUGCUUCUCAAGUCUAGUAGUUCAUGCAAUUAAGAUCAACUAGUACUCUUUACUUUCUGGUGAUGAUUUUUAUUCUUGUUAUCUUUUGAAAUAUUGGUUUUGAUGGAAUGUAAUCCGACUAGUACGAUCUUUACUUGUUAAAAUCUUUGCGAAACAUUAAUUCUGUUAAGAAAGUAUGAAUCAAUAGUGUUACAUUCAUGCAAUAAUCUUGCUUACUAAUCUAGCAUACUAAGGCGCACAAUGCAAUCAGAGUCUCAUCUUUUUACAUCGGCAAAUCCAGGACAUGUGGGGAGACAUACAUGCCUUUUACUUAAGGACAAACAAAUCCUUCUCGAGGAUUCAUCAAUCGGAAAGAGAGAAACAGAACUCCUUGCAAGUUUUGUUCCUCCAUUAAAGCAUCUAUUUCUUGUUUUAUCCCCAAAAACCCCCACAUCUCACGGACCAUUUUGUCCUCUUUUUCGUUCAUGUUCAAAUAGUGAUGAAGGUCCAGAUCUAACGGAUUACUUGCCAACAACGCAACAAGGCUGUAAUCUGUACCUUUCCUUUACUUUUUCAUAUCAGUAGGAAGAGCACAUAAGGUGAGAUUAAGAUAUUGCAUGCGUUUUGAAAUAUUGCUUGUGUUUGGGUUGUAACUAAUUGGCAACAUGUCUGCAACAGUCAAAUCUGAAAUAUGUAUGUGGAGAACAAGAUGUUAUGAUCCUAAACAUACAAGACUUUUUAUGCUUUUCUAGUGAAUAGAAAAUGGCUACGGCAUUUCAAAGACUAUGCGUAACGUGUAGGUUUCAGCAAAUUGAACUAAAGAGAGAAGGACAUGGAGGCAUGGAUACAUCCACCACUCCUUCAAGCCUGCUCAACAGCCUUUUCAUGUCAUUUCUUGCCUCCUUCUCAUCCUCCAACAGCUUCUUUAAUGUUUUUCCCUUGUAGCAGUCGUAAACCCAAACCAUUAGUAUUGUUUGUUCUUCAUUUUCCCUUUCCAUUCAAGGCUGCUCCUGCAACAGAUAAUCUCCAAUAACAUGACCCCAUAACUAUAAACAUCAACCUUUGCAGUAAUCGGAAUAUUCCUGAACCAUUCUGGUGCAAGAUAUCCUCUAGUCCCUCUGAUGACUGAAUUACUAGGAGUUUGAUCACUCCGCAGCCAAUCCAAAGUCUGAAAUCCUUGACGUGAAUGAAUCAUUUAGAAGUGUGUUGCAGGGCCUGAUAUUGCAGUGGAUGAUCUGCGUGCUACACUCCUCGUGCAGGUAAUAUGCUAGAUGUGCUUGAUUGGGUGAGAUUUUUGAAUUAGAUCGUGCUACUUUGACAUGAGUUCCUCUUGCAAUGCCAGAAAAAUUUUGGAUUCGUUUGUUCGGUUCCAAUCAGGCGUUGAAAUCCCAAGGAGAAAGCCUCUAUCCCGGUAAUUUAGGCUACAUUUGUAGGAGGAAUUUGUAAGUACCAAGAGAUUUA